AUGGCAGAUACUGUAUUGAACGACGCACCAGAGCCGCGCGAUGCGGAGCCGGAAGUUGAGAGCACAGAGUCCAAGGCGCCCGAGGAGAGCGCGAAGGGCACAGAGAGCACAGAGGUCAGACCCUCCGAGGUGACAGUCAAUGCGACAGUCAAUGGUGCCCACUUGCCCCAGCUUGCUACCGCCGCCAAUGAGACAGUCCAUGAACAACAGACACAAUCGCCAGGCGGUGCACGCUCUGGAGAGGUACAAUUCGCAGAACUCAAUCGCCCGUCUGUCGCCCGCUUGCAAAAAGGUAUGGAGUUAGAGCACGAGCUGGUGCCUUCACAGAAAGAUUCCGUGAGAGCGCUACGGAAAUUUACCACCCUUACGAAUGCCGAAAUCUUUCGUCGCGUCGGCGUCUCUAAUUCUAAUGGUUAUCGUUACCUGCGAAACGAGCCAGAGAAGGACCCGGAAGAUAAGUCGAAGCCAGGUCGCGGAAGGAAAAGGAAGCUUGAUGAGACUGUCGUCAAGCAGAUCAUUCACGAUAUAGAGAAGCAACCAGCGGGAGAGAAGACAAAAUCAUGGGAAGACCUAUGCAAGGGUGCAGGGGUCGAGGUCACCCCCAUUACACUGAAGCGGGCCGUGGAGAAUGCAGGAUACUACAAGUGUCCAGCUUGUCAAAGAGUCUCAAAAAUGCACGGUCUGGGCAAGGAUUCAUGA